ACGACACACCACUACUCCCAAAAGAGCCGGCUCUUUGAACCGGCUCGUUCUCCAGCGACACAUCACGAGUGUUUAUACAUAUCGAGCAAACAUGGAUUAACUUUAAAUCUCUUUAAACGUCUCUGUUUACUACGACAUCUACGCACGCGGGACAAAAACACAUGCCACCAGCUGGCUCUCGUGCUAUGUGAAGCAUCCACACGCGACGUAAUCAGCGCGCGCCUUUAUUUACUUCUGGUCCAGUUAGCUGCUGCUGCUGCUGCUGCUGCGAUGGAAGUAAACAGGGACGAAGCGGAGCGCUGCAUUGACAUUGCAACUGCGGCUUUAACCAACGACCAGCCGGAGAAGGCGCAAAGGUUCCUGGAGAAGGCGCAGAGGCUUUUCCCGACAGAGAAAGCAAAGGUACUGUUGGAGCUAAUAGCAAAGAAUGGAUUCACACCUCGAAAAGGCGGUCACUCAGACUCCAACGGGGUCUCGGGGCCUCGACAGCGACAGACCAACAGUGAGGAUACCAGACAUGAAGAAAAACCUUCAGACACGUCAAAAUCCUACACGGCAGAUCAGCUGGAUGGUGUGAGGAGGAUAAAACAAUGUAAAGACUUCUAUGAAAUUCUCGGGGUCCAGGCAGACGCCUCUGAGGAUGAACUCAAAAGAUCUUACAGAAAACUCGCUUUGAAAUUCCAUCCAGACAAGAAUCACGCUCCAGGUGCUACAGAGGCAUUUAAAGCUAUUGGGAACGCUUAUGCCGUUCUGAGUAAUGCUAACAAAAGAAGACAGUAUGAUCAAUGUGGAGAGGAGAGGAGGCAUCCUUCAACACACGGCUCAGAGGAUGCAAACUUUGAGCCAGAUAUUUCACCCGAAGACCUCUUUAAUAUGUUCUUUGGAGGAGGUUACCCGUCAAGCAACGCUAAUGUGUACACUAAUGGGCGGAUGCGGUACCAAAGGCGAGAGAGGAGAGAGCGACAGCGAGAUGGAGGCCUCGCUCUCUUCGUGCAGGUCAUGCCCAUCCUUAUCCUGGUUAUUGUGUCAGCCCUCAGUCAGAUCAUGGUCAACAGCCCCCCCUACAGCCUCAGCUUCAGGCCGUCAGCAGGUUACACACAGAAGAGGCUGACCGAGAACCUUAAGGUGCCAUAUUAUGUGGGGGAGCAGUUCUCGAAGGAGUUCACUGGAAUGAAUCUGAAAAAUCUGGAGCGGACUGUGGAGGACGAUUAUAUUUCCAACCUUCGCAACAGUUGCUGGAAGGAGAAACAACAAAAGGAAGGCAUGCUUUACAGAGCUCGCUAUUUUGGAGACACCGAUCUGUACCAAAGGGCACAGAGGGCUCGCACGCCAAGCUGCGCCAAGCUGUCCGAGAUCACAGCAUCAUUACAUGGUUGAGGCUGCUUCCAUAAGUAAAAAGUUUCCAGAAUCAACACAAAAGAUUAUCGGCUGUAAAUAGAUGAGCUUUAACUAUCUGGAGACUGAAGAUGACUCAACAAGCAACACAAACAAACCAGCACCGAUCUGCAUCAAGCUGACCACACGAACUGGUUGAAACCGUAAAACUUUUAGUAUGUGAAAUGAGAAAAAAGAAACAAUGUUAACAUAAUGUUUUGAAAUGGAAAAGCCACUUUAAAUAGCUUGUCCUCCCGACAAGGUAAGCUUCGAUUUCGACUGGGUGCCGUGAAGCUGACAGAGGUCACUUCACGUUUUUUUUUUUUCCUGAGAAUGCAGUAUGAAACCAGAGCGUAGUGAGGUUAGAUGUAGUUGUACGGAUGUUAUCUAUGUAGCAGAUGACUAGAUAUCACAGUGAAUGCUUCCUCUUUCAUUUUAUGCAGUCAAAUCGGCAGCGGAGAUGAGCUUGAGGGGGCGACUUGCUGAUUUGACUUCAGAUGCACAUUCUGAAACUAUGCAGGAAUAAUGUGAAACCUCUGAAUAUACACUCACGUCUAAGGUUUGUCAGACACUUGAACACCUGAGAUUUGUCUUCUUCUGCUGUGUGUGUGUGUGCGCGUGUGUGUGAGAUCACAGUUAGGAAAUGUCCCUUUACACUUUGCCUCCUUUACUUGUAUUAACAAUAGAAUUAUAUACUGUAUAAAUUUAGGGCACUUCACAAUAAAAGCCAAGAGAAGAGACGUGCCUACCCACAAAGGGACUUUAACAGAUUCUAGUUUUGGAGUGUAAAGUCUCUCAUGAAUAUUAUCUGUUGGGGAAAAAAACAAUAUAUGUCACACUUUUUAAGUUUGUAGUAUGCUAUUUAGUUUUUGUAUUAUUUAUUUUAAAAGUGGACGAUCAGACUUUUAAAGAAAGAAAGAAAGAACAACACAGAUCACGCUCACUUUUUCCACCUUGUUUUUACUCCCGGAUGAAAAUAAAUAUGGAUGCUUAAACGUU